AUGAAAUGCAGACGAAUGGAAAUGACUACGGCUUAUGAGGCACCAGCAGUAAAUACAAUAUUAGCUCCUGGAGCUGAUUCUUUAAAAAAUAUUUUGUUAAAGCUGGAAAAUAAUGAUAUAUCAAUAGAGGGAUUAAGGUGCAUUUUACCUAGCCUCAAGAAUGUACUUCAAGAUGUGGGAGCAUCAUUGGAUGCAUUUCAGAAUGAUGUACCUGUUUCCCUAAUGCUACAGUAUUUUGAUUGGAUAGAUGAAGGCAAAUCACAAUUCUAUCCAUUAUACAGAAGUAUACGCGAUGUGGAACCCACGAUAGAGAAAGUAUUGGAUUUCUUAGAAUCAGUAGGUCUCGAACGGAUGUCAUCAGAAGAUUUGCCGUUAAUUUUUAAUACUGUGGAAGAGAUAGCGGAUAUUCUGAGCAGACAGGUGCCAAUGUUCAAAUCCAUCAAAAUGCUAUUUGAUACCGCAUUAGAAUUUAAUGAAAUCUUUAAAGACAACAUGAAUUCCCUAAUUCAAGAGAUUACCACUAAACUAGUUUGCUGUCGGUCCCUUCGAGAAAGGUGCUCAUCACUAAAAUUAAGUGAUCUCCCAAAUCUAGAUCGAUUACUACUUAUUAUUGUGAACUCUUUUGAGGAACAUCAGAUUCGAAUGCCAACUUUUUCUGAUUAUGAAAAAGAUAUCUACCAAGAGUUUUGUGCUCUGGAGGAAUCUAUUACACCGACUGAAACAUCUUUGAAGGAUGUGCUAGCGGCUCGGAUAAAAGCCUUCAAGGACAGGGCUGUAGUGAAUAAUGAGUACUUGAUAUCACUGUUGAACAGCAAGUACGAAGACAUUUUAAAAAAACAUGACAAUUUAGUUUCUGAAAUAUCAGAUCUUAAAAGGAAUAUAGUUGAUAAGCGCUGGGAAAUCAUAUUUACAAACUUGAAUAUGGAGCUGAAUACUGUAAUUUCAAGCGUUGAGAAAAACCUUUCGAAAAUUGAAAACCCGAGUAUCUCUGCCGAUACGAAAGAACAUUUUAAACUUCAGGUAUGUCAGAAGGGGGAAAUUAUAUCUAAAACAUUCGAUAUUAUUUACAAGGUUCUUGAUGCUUCUAUUUUGUUUGAUCCAGGAAUCUCCGAAGUAACAAAUAAACUCGCUGAUAGGUGGCUGCAGUUAAAAGAUAGUGUAGAUCCAAUUUUCAGCGAGGAAAAGGAUACUGUUGUUGAAUCCAUUGCAAAGGACCUGCAUAACGUGAUCAUCAGCGAAACUUCUCCCACCCUAAAGCCGCUGGAUAGGCCUAAAAGACAAAGUGUAGGAGCAUUUUUGCUCAAGCGUAUGAACAUUAAACCGGUAAUAACUACAGGAAAUACUGAAGAGACUCUUAAUGUGUUUGCUAGUGUAAACAAUAGGCGAUCUUACGUUCAAGAUAUGAAAGCGGAAUGUACUGAGUUGCAAAAUACAGCGCAGCUAAAUUCUCAGACAAUGGGAUACGUAAAUAACAGCAAUAAUAAAGACGUUGAACAAGCGAUAGAAUAUUGGGACUAUGUGGGAAUCAGGAGUAAAUCUGGUCCCUCUGAGUUAUGUGAGAUACGGGGAGCUGAUUACGGCCUUUUAUCAAAUGAAAGUUUGCCUGAAUUUGAUCAUUCAGCUGAGCAGUUAACGAGAACUGCCGAUACCGAUCUUUCCAUAGACAGUGAUAGUUUAACUGGGACUACAGUCGCUUUGAAGAAUGUCAUGACCGCCGAAAGGGAUAUCACUCUAGCGGAAUUAGAAAAAAUCAACUUCUAUUCAAGUUUAGAUUCAAAAAUCCCCAUCAUUCACUAUGAUGGGGAUUGCAAAACAGUUAAGGGGUCGAUAAGAGAUCUAAAUUUAUCCUACGAUCGUGCUUCAACUUCUAUGCAUACUGGACCACCAUCGAAACUAAAAUUGCCGACUCCUAUCAAAGAUUUGCUGAACGUCAGGUAA